AUGAAUAAUCUCACUGGUGAAAUCCCAGCAAGUAUUGGGUUGCUUAACAAGAUUGAUAUACUGGAUCUUUCUGAUAAUAAUUUACAUGGACAUGUUCCUUUCAAUGUCUCCCCAUCCUUAUUGAUCAUGGAUUUGGGACAAAAUGGUCUUACUGGCAAUAUCCCAACGGAAUUUUGUACUAGCGUUCCAAAUUUGCAGGGUUUAUCACUCUCAAAUAAUCAAUUAGUAGGCCAAAUCCCAAGUGGGCUGAAUAAAUGCACACAACUUCUUUAUCUUUCCUUGUCAUAUAAUCAGCUCACAGGAAACCUGCCUAGUCAAAUGUGGAACUCGACAAAACUUCAAGAUCUAUUUCUUGGAUGGAAUAACUUAACAGGACAUAUACCAAGUGAAAUUGAUAACCUAUCAGCACUUCAAAGAUCAAGUCUCCGACGGAACAAUUUGGUGGGAUUUCUUCCACCAUCUAUUGGAAAUUUGUCGAAUCUAGAGAUGAUAGACCUAGGUGAGAACAGUUUACGGGGUGACAUUCCUCGGGAAUUUGAACAUCUUGUAAAUCUGAAAGAACUGUAUCUUAGCUCAAACAGAUUAUCAGGAAAUAUACCAACUAACUUCAGUAACUUGAGGAACCUGGGGUGGUUAAGCUUGGGAUAUAAUAAGCUUAUCGGUACGAUUCCACCAGAUUUGGGGAACUUGAGGAAAUUGCAAAUGUUGAAACUGGACAAUAAUAAUAUAGAUGGAAUUAUACCGACUAGCCUGUGUAACUUGGAGAACAUGUUUAUAAUUAGCUUGAGCCAAAAUCAGCUUUCUGGGGAAGUACCAAGUUGCUUUGGAAAUCCUUCUUCUUUAAGAGAACUCUCCUUAGAUUCCAAUGUGCUAAUUUCCAGUAUUCCACCAACUUUUUGGAGGAAUAAAGAUAUUUCAGUUGUCAAUUUAUCCUCCAAUUUUCUAAAUGGAUCUCUUGCACUAGAAAUGGGAAACUCAAGGAGUUUGCAGAUACUACAUUUAUCUGGUAAUCGGUUCUCUGGUCAAAUUCCAAGCACAAUUGGACAACUUCAAAAUUUGGUUAUCCUUUCAUUGUCAAUGAAUAUGUUAGAUAGGCCUAUACCUAAAUCGUUUGAAGAUUUAGUUUCAUUGGAAUACUUGGAUCUAUCCAGAAACAAGCUAUCCGGCAUGAUUCCCAUGUCCUUGAGGAAUCUUGAACAUCUCAUGUAUUUCAAUGUCUCGUACAAUGGGCUCAUGGGUGAAAUUCCAGAUGGAGGGCCAUUCGUAAACUUUACAGCUGAAUCAUUUAUGGGUAACCCUGCAUUAUGUGGAGCAUCCCGGUUCCAUGUGAUGCAAUGCAGAGUCAGUAGUCCUAAAAGACCAAAAAAGAAGAGGGUUGUAACUUUUGUUCUUGCAUCAGUUGCCUCAGGAGUUGCAAUGACCAGCAUUUUCAUCGUUUGGUUACUGAAAUAUCGAAAAAGGAGUAGGGAACUUCCUCUAGUGGAUACAUUUGGUCAAGUACAUAUGAGGAUUUCGUACCAUGAUAUUGCUCAAGGGACAAACAACUUUGAUGAAGCAAACUUGAUUGGGAGGGGGAGCCUUGGAUUGGUGUACAAAGGGACACUUGCAGAUGGAAAGGUUGUGGCAAUCAAGGUAUUCAAUGCAGAAAUGCAACAUGCAUUCAGAAGUUUUGAUGUGGAGUGCCAAGUUCUACGAAGCAUUCGACAUAGGAACCUUGUUAAGGUGAUAAGUAGUUGUGCGAAUUUUGAUUAUAAAGUGUUGGUGCUAGAGUACAUGCCCAAUGAAAGCCUUGAUCGUUGGCUUCACUCUCCCGACAAAUUUUUGGAUUUAACUCAAAGAUUAAAGGUGAUGGUUGAUGUGGCUUCUGCUAUGGAGUAUUUACAUGGAGGUCAUUUGUUUGUAGUCGUUCAUUGUGAUUUGAAACCAAGUAACAUACUUUUGGAUGGAGAUAUGGUGGCGAAAGUGAGUGACUUUGGGAUAUCCAAACUUCUAACAGCUGAGACGCUAAUAGCACAUACCAAAACCUUGGGUACUAUUGGCUACAUGGCACCAGAGUAUGGUUCAGAAGGCAAAAUCUCAACCAAGGGAGAUGUUUAUAGAUUUGGUAUUCUGUUAAUGGAGAUUUUGACAAGAAAGAGCCCUGUGGAUGAUCUAUUUGUCGGAGACUUCACCUUGAAAAAAUGGAUAUGCCAAUCAUUACCAAACCGAAUGGUGGAUGUAGUGGACAUUAAUUUAUUUUCACUGGAUGACGAAAAUUUUAUGUCGAAAGAGAGCUUCAAAUCAAUCAUGGAAUUAGCUUUUGAAUGCACAAAUGACUUGCCUCAUGAGAGAAUUAGUAUGGAAGAUGUUAAUGUUCGACUCAAGAAGAUCCUAACUCAAUUUCUGCAAAAUGUAAUGACAAACUAA